GUGUUUUUGGCGGGAAAUUUUUGUAAAUAACAUGAGUACGGCCAUUCACUCUGCUAGGAAGAAGGAUAACGCAAAGAGCAAGAAGAAUUUUGAAUGGAUUGGGGAAGGAUUCAUUGAGGACGGGAAAUUGCAAUACAAAAAAUGCAGAAUAAGAAGUAUGGCCGUCUCUGUGGAUGAUUAUGUUCUAAUCAACACAACCAAUGGGAUCUCUGUCGGCAAAGUAGCUAAAUUUCAUGAUCUUGGUGAUUAUCCUGAUCCAUACCGAGCUGAAAUACACUGGUUAUACAAAUAUAAUGACCUCACCAAAAAGUGCUGUGAACAGCUUGAAGAACGAAGCAACGAGCUCUUUUUACCAGUCAAAUUUCCAGAUAAACGGCCGAUUCGGGGUAGUAUAGAAGUUGUUGACGCAGAGACAAUAAGUGAGGUUAACAAAGUGACUCUUCUUCGUCCCAAAGAGGAUUUUCCACUGGUGAAUAAAUGCAAAGAUGAUGGGCCUUUUUAUAUGAAAUAUGCUUUUGAUGAUCAAGACAAUAUUUACUAUGCAACAGAAUAUCUAUCAAGACUUAGCUCUGCUUUAAAGAGCUAUGCUGAUGAUUUAAAUAAUAACGAGUGUGGGACGCCCAAAGCAUCAUGCUCAGCAACACCCAACACGAGAAUGAAAAAUAAUUAUGGAGCAGAAAAGCAAUGGAGAAUUGGGACACCGAAAACCAGGAGCUCCACGAACAGCCCUGCUCUGAAUGGUCUGCGUCUUGUCCUCAAGUUAGUUAAAAUGAAACCAAAUAUCACACCAGUGAAGAGAAAGGCUAGUAAGAGCAUUCCAGAUGAAGGAGAAGUCGAGAGUAAAAAAAGUAAAUCUAAAAUAAAGCCAAAACAGAGAGAAAAACAAGUGAAACAAAAAGGCCAAGAGAAACAGAAGACAGUCAAACCAACAAAGUCUCCCAAACAAACUUUUGUGACUGAGGAAGUAGUUGAACUUAUGAUGUCUGAUGACCAUGAUGAGGAUGAUGAAGAUGAAGAUGCUACUGAUGAAGAUGAUGAGGAUUUUGAAGAGGAAGAAGUGAGCAGCGAUGAAGAAGAUGAGAAGGAGGAUGAAGACGUCUUUGUAGAAGAAAAGAAAUUUUCAAAAACAAGAUCUACAGCGAAGACUCCCUCAGGAAAAAACAAACAAUAUCAAAAUGAGAAGACCCCAGUGCAUUCUGGGAGAUCGCUUAGAUACCGAACCCCAUCCCAUGCUGGUAAUAAUGAUUGGAGAACUCCAUCCAAGACCCCUAGAAGUACAGCCAGAUCAAGAGCUACAGGACGACCAGAAAGUGUAAAUCAUAUGAGACAGACACAUGGUAAAGGAUCUUCAAAAACUCCAUCCCAGACUCCUAGUGGGAGAGCUCUGUCUAAAUCAACCACAGGGGUCCCAGGCAGUAAAACACCUUUGAAAACCCCAGGCAAACCGAAUAGGAGAAAGAGUGUAGCUCAAGGGUUGACACCAAGUAUACCCAGUAGAUCACAACCAUGUAAGACACCUAGAACACCAUUACAGGAAGCAAGAACAAGACUCCAUGUGUCAGCUGUGCCUAGCUCUUUACCGUGCCGUGAUGAUGAGUUUGAAGAUAUCCUUAGUUUUGUACAAGGCAAGCUGGUUGAGGGCUCUGGAGGGUGUAUGUAUAUAUCUGGUGUACCAGGAACAGGAAAGACAGCUACUGUCCAUGAAGUCAUCCACAUUCUUCAAGAAUCUAAAGUCAAACACAUUCCUAACUUCAGGUUUAUUGAAGUGAAUGGAAUGAAACUAACAGAACCCAACCAAACCUACAGCACGAUUCUCAAGAAAUUAACAGGACAAAAAGCCAUGCCCACCCAUGCCUCAGAUCUGCUAGAAAAGAUCUUCAGCAAACAGGAUUCUAAGAAGGAAAGUGUGGUGUUGAUGGUUGAUGAGCUUGACUUACUGUGGACACGUAAGCAAGGAGUGAUGUAUAACCUCUUUGAAUGGCCGUCAAGACAGCAUUCAAGACUCGUCGUACUGGCUAUUGCCAACACUAUGGACCUGCCGGAGAGAAUGAUGAUCAACAGAGUACAGAGUAGACUGGGUCUGACAAGAAUCACCUUCCAGCCCUACACGUAUUCUCAACUACAGGAGAUUGUCUUAUCACGGAUCCAAAACCUGAAUGUGUUCGACCCUGACGCCAUGCAGCUUGUCUCACGAAAGGUAGCAGCUGUUUCAGGUGAUGCGCGUCGAUGUCUCGACAUCUGUCGUCGGGCGGUAGAAAUCGCAGAACUUGAGAAUAAAUCUUCCAAGUCCAAGAAAGGAAAACUAGUUGGUAUGACGGAGGUGAACACCGCGUUACAAGACAUGUUUUCGUCGCCAAAGAUAAAACUGAUGAUGAAUUUAUCUUCAUAUGAGUGUUUGGUGAUGAGAGCCGUUCUUUCGGAAUUCAAGAGGACUGGAGUCGAAGAGACCAAGUUUGGUGACGUUUUUGAUGAAUUGUGUAAUCUAUGCCGAAUAGAAGGAAUCCCACCACCCAUUAUGACAGAAGCAUCAGCCAUCGUGAGUCGUAUCGGAGCGAGUCGACUUCUCCUCGUAGAGACAGGACGCUUAGAUCUUCAGCGACGAAUCAGCCUUAAUGUCAACCAAGACGAUGUCAUUUAUGCCUUAAAAAGCUUGACGAAUAAGAAAGUUUGAAUAAUGCAUUAAGAGUUGUACAUAUUUUGUCCAUUUUUUUUAGUUUUUGUUCCCGAAUUCGUUAUUAUUUUUAUGUAAUUUCUGCCAUAUUUUUUGAGUACUUGUAAUA